GCGCAUGUUAAGCAGGAAGCGGAAAUUAAAGGGUUCUUUACCAUGUUGAUUUGUGUAUGUUUCACUUGUUUUGUCUGCUGUUUCAAUCUCAUCGUUAAUUAGCUUAUAAUUUAGAUGAAUUGCUGGCGUAGUUUACACACGGGGAAUGACUUUACUGAAUCAACUUGACAUCUAUAUACCAUUUGAAUUUAUACGGAAAUGUGUGGAGAGCAGCCACGAAGGCCGCCCUGUUUUGUGGUCGGGUUCCAUCAAUGACAUCGUGGCUUCGGACAAGACGUCAGAUCAUCUCUUAUCUCAUCCGAUGUCUUCUGAACCUAAAGAAGAUGACUCUAAUAUUGACAUCAUGCAAACUGCAAAAGUCCAGACUGCAAAAGGUUCUGAAAAUAUGCUACAGAUGUCAUUUUCAGAAAUACAGCUACAGGUCAUGGAAGGUCGGUGUGGUUUCUGUUUAAGCAAUGUUACUCAGAAUAAAACUGCUUCAUCACUUCAAAUCUGUCCGUCAUCAAACCUGAAUAAGCAAUUAGAUUCUGAACCUUAUAUAGUUAAACUAUCCAAAUUAUCACCCACUUCUACAGUGACCUCCCUUAUUAAUUACGUUGCAUCUUUGAAUGAUUCUGGAAACUCUUGUGAUCUAAACAAUGGUGCUGGCAUCACUGAAACACCUCCUGUAAAUUCACUUGACUCUGAAAAUUCAGAAGAUUUACAGAAAUUAGUUACGCUAAAUCAGUCAAGUGAGCAAGAAGAAACAGAGAAAGCAGAUCAUUCUGAUGCAUCUUUAAGCAAGAUAUCUUCACAAGAUCUUCAAGCGUCAUCAUUGUCCCCACUGAAAACAUCUUCAAAAGUUCUUCACAAUGAAGAAAUUAAUGAAAGUAGUUCAUUUUAUGAGUUACCUCAGCAAGUUUCUCAAAGUACAUUUUUGAAUUGUUCCGUAAGUGAGACAAAUGCAGAAGUGCUGCACAAUGUGAGAACAACUGCCGAUGAUCUAAAAAAAAAUUUGGUUUCCACGGAAACAGAAGUCUGUGAUUCUUUCAUCGAAGCUCAAAACUUGGUUGUGAAACCUCACAAGAAACGAGGCCGCAAACCAAAACAGAUGCCAAAUAAGGCAGAGUGUAAUCAAAAUAAGAGUGAGUGUGAUCCAAAAGAAGCUCAUUUGGUGACUCGUCAAUCAAAACGCAUUAUGUUACGUGGAGCGAAACAUUUAGCUAAUCAAGGAAAGAAGGGUAGCAAUGUUGUUGCCUCUGAAAUCCCCAAGUCAAAAGUUAUUGACGUAUCUAGUAAUAUUAUGCAACCUUUAGAAAGUACAGCUGUAGAAAAUAUUACAACCUCAGGAAAGAGUACAGAACAUAUACAAGCUGAUGAUGUAACAGGAUCAAAUCUUUCAACAACAGCAGCCAUAUAUGAUAAACUUGAGCUUAUUUCCAGCAAACAGAAGAACGAUACAGGCAGUGGCAAAAUGCACAAACCAGGACGUAGGAAAAGGAAUAAUGUGCGUGUCGUUCAAUGUCGUUAUUGCCAAAAAAUGUUCUGUGACUACACUGGUGUGGAUGAACAUGUGAAGAAAUUUCAUGCAGAUGAGUCUGAUUUCUCUGAAUAUGUAACUGAGCUGAAGAAACUAAAAGUAGUCAAGUGUAGUAAGUGUGACGCUACUCUUCAGAACCGAUAUUUGCUCCAAGACCAUGAAGACCGUGUUCAUUUCCAAGUUGAUUCUCAAAUAUGUAGCCAAUGUGGCAAGUCUUACAAGAAUUUGAAAAGCCUCCGGAAUCAUGUGCAUUCUGUUCAUUAUGUCAAAGGAAAAUCUAACUUAUGCCAUUUGUGUCCUGCUAAAUUCAAGUGGGCUGCCACUCUCAAGCAGCACAUUCAAGAGAUCCAUGAAGGAAUCCGCCAAUUCUCUUGUCCAACAUGUAAAAAAGAAUUUUAUAGGAAAUCUCAACUAAAUCGUCACAAAAGAAUUCACGGUUCAGAUAUAUCUAAGAUGAUUGUCUGCAAACAGUGUAAUAAAAGCUUUUGGUUUGAGAACAAUUAUAUUCGACACAUGCGAAUUCUUCAUCAGCCUCAAAAGGAACUGUUUCACUGUUCUUACUGUGGGAAAGGGUUUAGUCAAAAGGCAAGUAUGGUUGCACAUGUUCAGUUAUUACAUUUUAAUUUAUACACUUUCACUUGCAAAAUCUGUAAUAUGGGUUUCACUAGAUCCAAAACGUUGCGAGCUCACAUGACACAAGUUCAUAAUGAUACUGAUUUUGUUGUGACAAAUUCUCAGCGCAACCGAUUCAAAUAUAACCGAACUGCCGAAGAUCUCCUUUAUUGUACAUAUUGUAAGACAGGCUUUUACUACAAAGCCAAACUUGUUGAGCAUAUACAUCAGGAACACUUAUCAUACUUCCCUCAUCGUUGCAAUAAAUGUAAGCAAGGUUUCCUUGAAAAGAAAUUUCUUGAAAACCACCUUAAGAAAGCACACAAUAUUGAUGAAAGUAUAAAUUCAGAGAUGGAUACGUCUAAUGAACAACCUGCUGAAGAUAUACCUGAAGAACUCCCUAAAGAUGACAUUAAUUCUUCUGAAGAGUGCUGUGAAGAAUUACUGCCAGCUGCAGAGGGUAGCAAUUACGAUGUACCAACAGCACCGUUAUUAGUAGAGGUGUCGAAUGUAGACAAUACAAUACAUUAUUUGAUUCAGCAUACUGACCAGGAACAUGACUCUGAGAAUAACCAACAAGUGAUUGAGAACAUUGCUAGCCUAUUAUUGGUUGCUGAACAAGCAUCUAAUAAGGAAUCUUUACCAAUGGUUAAUAUGCAGAACCAAACGGAAUUCUUUCAACAGCUGCAAUACAAUGAUACAUUUCAAAACUGAUCACCUGUUGACAUUUAGAUAUCACAGGUAAUUUCAGGGACUUCACCAACAGUUUUAUAAAAUAUAUACUAAUAUA